AUGCCGGGUGGCCCUAGGACCUUUGAGGCUGACAGAGUGCAGGCUCCGAGAGGAUGCCAGGCAGGUCCUAGAACCGUUGAGGCUGGCAAAGUGCAACAGGAUAUGGCCAGAGCAUUUCCAGGCCUUUUUAAAUCUAAAGCAGGAGGAAAAGUUACAAGAAAAAGGUGUAGAAAAUCUACUCCUGUGCAGUUCUAUCUCCUGGAUGAAUAUAGAGGGAGAACACCAAAAGGAAGUAAAGAAAUGGUCCUUCUCCAGGCAGGAUUGGGCCGAAGGACAAUUAGCAUGCCUGAAGAAGCUAAUCAUGCAGAGAUUUCAUCGCUCUUUUGUGAAGUCUUCCCAAAACUGAGAGAAUUAGAUGGGGCUUGGAUGAUAUACAAAGCAGCUGGUGGAUCUGGCCAACGUUCACUGACAGUAGUGUCACCUGAUGCAGAGGGCUACACUGGUCUUAAUAUAAUCAAGGCAGCAGGAGGAAAGGCAUGCCUCUACAUAAUGCCAAUUCAGCAUAAAUUAGAUACUUCACCAUUACCAUUGUCAGCCAAAGAAUUUGAAAGUAUGCCUAAAGCCAACUGCAUUACCUGUCAGGCUUACGUGCCAAUACAGCUGCUAGCUUUUCAUGUGGCCGAAUGUAAGCAAAAUAGCAUCCAUAAUUGUGAGAUAAUCUCUGAUGAUGAUUCCAGUUUGGAAUCCACCAUUCAUGAUUUUGAUAAAGAUGCAGUCUCAAAUGAACCACCAGCAGUCUCCACAUCCAUAGCUGAUGUCAAGGGAUCCUUAAAUGAGCUUCCAACAGUCUCCCUCUCUGUGGAGGAUACAAAGGUUGCCUGUCCAGUUUGCCUGGAUUUGUUCUCAAGAGACUAUGUGGAACUUCACGCAAGCAGUUGCGGUGUAAGCCUUGUUGAGGAAUUUGAAAAGUUGCUUGAGAGUGAGGUUACAGAUAAAGUAGUGGAAAAGAUGAGAGAGAAACCAUGUAAAAGCUUGUCUGAUAUCCUCACAGAGCUUGCAGAAUGUGUAGACCACACAUCAACCUUUAAUGUAAGUGUCACAAGAGAAGGUCUUUAUGAAAGGAGCAUGUUGCAAUGGAAACGGCAAAAAAAUUCCUCUCCAAAGAAUACUCUCUAUAUUAACUUCCUCGGAGAGUAUGGAAUAGACAAUGGAGCUCUCAAAAAAGAAUUCCUAACAGAAAUGCUGAGAGGAAUAGAAUCACACCUUUUUGAGGGAGGAGACACAGGGAAAGCUCCGAAGUACUCCAUUACAGAUUAUAUGAAUGAUAAUUUCAAGACUUGUGGAGAGAUCUUUGCUGUGAGUGUAGCACAAGGGGGCCCACCACCCAAUUUUUUUAAUAAAUGGUGCUAUGACUACAUCUGUUCAGGCACUAUUAAUAAGGAAGAGAUGUCCAGAGACAAUGUUACAGAUCCUGAGCUCAUACAGCUUAUUGAACAGAUUGAUGCUGCAGAUACAAACUCUAUAACCAACCUAUCCGAAAGAAUUUUGGCAAGCGGAUAUUCAGGACCUAUUAUCCAUGAGCGGAAGGCAGCGAUUAUUGAUGCCAUAGUCCUGCACUCCGCGGUACGGAUAAUUCCAGUGUUGCAGCAGAUCUGUGACGGAUUGAAACUGUAUGGCUUCCACAACUUACUGACUCAUCAUAGUGAUACUUGCCUGCAGCUAUUUGUACCUGGACACCUGAAAAAGGUGGAUGCAGAAUUCCUUGAGCUUGCCUUGGCUCCUGUCUUCAGUGUGGAAGGCUCACUCAGGCGCCAUACAGAGUGUCGCAUUAUAAACUUCUUACAGGAUUUUAUUCAGAAGUUAGAGGAUGAAGAAGAACUUGCCACUCCAGAGGAGAAGGGCACGAGCAAAACAAGUAACUGCAUCACUGUAGGCAGCUUCCUCCAGUGGCUCACGGGACAAGCACAUAUUCCACUGAUUGCAUCACAAAGGGAAGGCUUUAAAAUUCACAUUGACUUUGACCAUGAUUGUAUUGUACGUUAUGGUAAUCACAACAUAUGCUAUCCCGUUGUCAAUGCUUGUGCGACCUCCAUAACUUUUCCAACAAAACACAUUGGCACAUAUCAGGAGUUCCAAGACAUAAUUUCAGAAGCAAUAAAUGGUAGCCAAGAGUUUGGUCGGCACUAG